GAAACCCUAAGGCAACAGAUUGUUAGCUGCUCGUCUCCCCACCUUCUCCAGGACUGACCCUUCCUUCUGCUGUGUUUACCAUCUGUGCCCACACCCAGCCAGCAUUUGAUAAAUGUGCUCAAAGUGAACGACAGUCAUGUCCAUUGCUGCCUCCUGGUACAAAGCCUCAUCGGAACCCAGAAAUGUUCUUGCUAUUGAAAGGUUCAAUAACCAUGCAGAAGCUCACCACUCCAGGGCCAAACACAGGCUCUCCUCAUCCUGGCAUCUGAUUCUCAUAGCCUCCCUACUCAGCUAUGAGGAUCCUGCUCUCAGUCCUGGGAGUCCUCACCUUGUUGUCCAUAGCUCCUCUGGCCAGGAGCUUCCUUGAGGGACACGAGUGCUCCUCGGAGUACCGCCACUGCAGAAUGAAGUGCGACGCCACCGAAUACGCCAUCAAUUAUUGUGAGGAUUGGACCAUCUGCUGUGGAGCAAAGAGCAGAGAAGCAAAGAAGAAAAGGUUGUGGUGACUAGUUGAACUCAUCUUCUUAGGACAAGACAUCCAAAGUAGUUAAAAGUUCCUUGCCCACCUAAGAAUAAAUGAUAUGACGAGUAAAAGGAAUUUCAUGCUUACAUGACCACGUUGAAAUAAAUACAUGUUUUAUCACA